AAAGUCAGUGACUUUGGGACUUAUGAACUCACUGCAGAAUGUAGUAAGCAUCUGGAUGGACUAACAAACAGUACCAAGACUAAAUCGGAGUCGUUGUUUCUGGAUGUUCUGCCUGGACCUGGAAGAAGAUACAAAAAGCUGAAAGAUUUGCCUCCUCAAACCGUCAAAGAAGAUAUUAUUGCAUAUCACUUAUCGACCAAGACCCCUGGGAUUGGAAAUUGGAAGAGAGUGGCUGAGCUUUAUGGAAUACCUAACGAGGGUAUUAAACGCAUUGACCCAAGAAACAAAGAGGAUGGAGAUUAUGGUUCUGCAAUAAACACUCUUGAAUAUAUCGAAUCAUCCUCCCCUAAAGAGACAGUCUACAAUUUUUGCAAAUGUUUAAAAAAGAUUAAGCAGAAUGCAAUAGUGGAGAAAUUGGAGGAUUACUUGGUAUGUGAAGAUAAAGGACAAUCUGAAUGCUGAAGCUCCCAAUGGCCGACAGUUGAUAAAAUCGAUUCUGAAACAUCGAAGGAUGAACAAGAAGAGUCUGGGUUCAAACAAGGUAAUGCCGUCACUUAGAGAUGGUUUUCUCUGGCCAAAAGAACGGAGCCUACAAGGACGAGGGCUGCAUCCCAGGUCAAGCAACAGAACGAAACACUGAAUUGAACAGUGUCGACCCCUCCCCUCCAAUGAAAAUCCUGGAUACGCCCAUGUGACUGUAAAUCAUCAUCCACUGCAGCGAUUUAAUUAUUUGUUUUCUUUUUUGCGAGUAAUCGGCUCGUUAGUAUAGCUGUUUAUGUAGCGCCCCAAGUGUGUUCGCCAGUUUCAGCCACUUGUAAACCUAAUAAUGUAUUCAGUUUGACYUUCGUUUGUAGCAGUGGCUUUGUCAACGCUUUGGUGAGUUUUAUGUGAUUUCAUUUAGUUUCAGACAGGACACCAAUGUGUAAUUUCUGUGCAUUUCGGUAGCGUAGACUGCGUAGAUGCAUUUAUAUUCACUURCGCCCCUGUCACUUUAAACCAGAGUCUCCAUCGCAAACUUAAGCCUACAGCGAUUGUGUCAAGUUUCAGGUACAACACUAACAUGCAAAACCGAAUUCGGGCCUUAGCCCAAAUACGAGCAAAAAACGCGUUCAUUGAAUUCAAUGGAUUUUAAAAGCAGGGUGAAAUUAUUGACAUUUAAAUGCUGAUAGUUACAGAGACUUACAAUGUUUGUCGCUACGAAAUAAGGUUUGACGCUAAGAAAYAAAGUUUCACGCUAAAAAUUAAAGUUUGACGCUAUGAAAUGAAGAGUAUAAAGGUAAA